AUGUCUUCAGAAUGGACUCGGGGCAAGGCCACCGUCACGCACCAGGACUUCGAUGACGCAGAGAAAGGCAUCUAUGACGGCACGCAGAACCUGCCAGUGCUCCCGCCGGCGGCCUACAUGGACGAAAAGGACACGACCAUCGCCACCUUCGCGUCGCCCGCCUCGCCUGUCCACGAGGGCAUCACGCCCUUCUCGAGCGUGCCGGCCCUGUCGCUGGCAUGGCCCAAUGGCUGGAAGGUCUCCAGCUCCAAAACGGCCAUGGUGCCGGACCCGGCCGCCAAGAAGACGCCGGCGCCGGCCCUCGACAAGGUCAGCCGCUGGAUCCUCUUCGUGCUGUGGUUCAACACGUACCGCAAGUUCUUCACCUUCGUCACCCUGCUCAACCUGACGGGAAUCAUCCUGGCCGCCCUCGGCCGCUUCUCUUACGCCGAGGACCAUCUCGGCGCCCUCGUGCUGGGCAACCUCUUGUGCGCCAUCCUGAUGCGCAACGAGCUGUUCCUGCGGUUCCUUUACAUAAUUGCCAUCUACGGCCUGCGAAGCUGGGCCCCGCUGUGCGUCAAGCUCGCCGUGACUUCGGUCUUGCAGCACGUCGGAGGCAUCCACUCCGGGUGCGCCCUCUCGGGCGCUGGCUGGCUCGCGUACAAGGUGGUCGACAUCAUUCGCUAUCGCGCCAUGCAGCACCCUGCCGUGAUCGCUGCUGGGCUGGUCACCAACGUGCUCGUCAUCAUCUCGGUGCUGAGCGCCUUCCCCUGGGUCCGCAACUACCAUCAUAAUGUGUUUGAGAGGCACCACCGCUUCGUCGGGUGGAUGGGGCUCGCAACGACGUGGGUCUUUGUCAUUCUAGGGAAUUCCUACGACAUCAAGCUCGGCGAGUGGAGGGCCGAUGCGAAUUCGCUGCUUAGCGCCCAGGAGCUGUGGUUUGCCGUUUUCAUGACGGUAUUUGUCCUCAUCCCCUGGGUCACGCUCCGAGAAGUGCCCGUCGAGGUUGAGAUUCCCUCGCCCAAGGUCGCCAUCCUGCGCUUCAACCGCGGCAUGCAGCAGGGACUCCUAGGCCGCAUCAGCCGCACCUCUAUUAUGGAGUAUCACGCCUUCGGCAUCAUCAGCGAGGGACGGAAGUCCCAGUACCACUACAUGAUCUGCGGCGUUCAGGGGGAUUUCACCAAGGGCCUCGUUGCUGACCCGCCAAAGACGGUGUGGACCCGGGAGUUGAAAUUUGCCGGUGUCGGCCACGCAUCUGCCAUGUUCAAGAGAGGCAUUCGCGUCUGCACUGGAACCGGAAUCGGGGCGGCGUUGUCUACAUGCAUCCAGAGCCCGAAUUGGUUCCUCAUUUGGAUAGGGUCUAACCAGGAAAAGACGUUCGGGCCGACGAUAACGCGCCUGAUCCGUGACAACAUUGAGCCAGAGAGGAUGAUUCUUUGGGACACCAAGAAGCAGGGAGGGCGGCCCGACACAAUGCGGCUCCUCAAAGACACGUGGGAGAGCUUUGGGGCCGAGGUCAUCUUCAUCACUUCCAACAUGCAGGGCAAUGACGAGAUGAUGCAAGGCUGCCGUGCAGCCGGAUUACACGCAUUUGGCACUCUGUGGGACUUUUGA